AUCUGGAUCUCACGUCUCCUCCCGCCGCCGCCUCUGAUAGGAUUACAGUUCAGCCCGGUUACCAAGUCCGGGAGCUUUUUCUCACAAACAAGUAACGCCCACCCACUGAACCGGGAACGCUCAUUACAGAACACAUUGACAGUGACAAAGAGAGAAGUUUAAUGAACAACACUUUCGUUUGUUUCUCACAGGAUUUAAGGAUAUUUACAGACUUCUAGUCUUUUUUUAACAACGUUUUGGCAAUAUUUAUAAUUUUUUGAGUCAAGAAGCCUAUUUUGAAUUGUGUUCUCUUUAUGGGACCUUUACAUAAAGUGAUUGAAAACGUUUGGACGCGUCAUCUCUGAACGAUCUCAAGAAAGUGCUGAGUGCGCUCACUACAUGCCGACGCUUUAGGUUGAACAGGUGGCGCCAUCUCGGAUUUCCUUUAAGUAUUUACAAUUAUUUGGGACAGGCAGACGGGACUUUACUUCAGAUGCUCCUCACAUACCGGACAGACCCCGUUUAGCGCGACAGAGGAGAGAGCGAGAAACAAAAGCCCAUCUGGUCAAAACAAACAAACCGUUUAUAGUUUGACAGUUAGACGCGGUUAUAACUGCCGCUGACUUCGACAUGGUCGUUGAAAGUCCCCGGUUACACGGGGUUAAAGCCCCGGCCCCUACCCCCAAUAACGAGAACGUUGUCCCGGCUUCCCUAAGCAGUCCUGCCGUGGAUAUCUUGCGGAACUUCUACCACACCAAGCGGGUGGGGAACUACCUGAUCGGGAGGAAACUUGGAGAGGGCUCCUUUGCUAAAGUCCGAGAGGGACUUCAUGCCACGACCGGAGAGAAGGUUGCAGUAAAGGUGAUAGAUAAGAGGAAGGCGAAGAAGGACUCGUAUGUGACUAAGAACCUCCGUAGAGAGGGCCACAUCCAACAGAUGAUCAGACACCCCAACAUCACCCAGCUGCUGGACAUCCUGGAGACUGAGAACAGUUACUACCUGGUGAUGGAGUUGUGUCCUGGAGGAAACCUGAUGAACCGGAUCUACGAUAAGAAGAAGCUGGACGAGAGAGAGACGCAGAAAUAUGUACGUCAGCUGGUGAUGGCUGUGGAACAUCUACACAGGGCCGGAGUGGUGCACAGGGAUCUGAAGAUUGAGAACCUACUGUUGGAUGAACAGGAACACAUCAAGCUCAUAGAUUUUGGUCUCAGUAACUGUGCAGGGAUCCUGGGUUAUUCGGACCCGUUCAGUACCCAGUGUGGGAGCCCAGCCUACGCUGCUCCGGAACUACUGUCCCGCAAGAAGUACGGACCCAAGGUGGACGUCUGGUCCAUAGGAGUGAACAUGUACGCCAUGCUGACUGGCACCCUUCCCUUCACCGUGGAGCCCUUCAGUCUCAGGGCUCUGCACCAAAAGAUGGUGGACAAGGAUAUGAACCCUCUACCGCCCUCUCUCUCUACAGCGGCCAUCUGUCUGUUGAAGAAGCUGUUAGAACCAGAUCCAGCUAAGAGACCCAACAUCCACCAGGUCAUGGCUGAUUCCUGGCUACAGCUGGCUAACGCUAACACUGGAGCACCCUACCUCAACAGGAUCCACAUUGAGGAGAUCAACCACAUGGUAUUGCUCCAUAUGACAGAGAGGAUGGGUUAUAAACACAGCGAGGUGCUGAGUGCCGUGCUGACCAACAGAGCCUGUCACACCCUGGCUGUCUACUUCCUGCUCAACAACAAGAUGAAGAGGCUCUCCAAGGAGUACAGGGAAAAGGUGUACCAAGAGAAAGAGAAGAAGACAGAGAAGAAUGAAUACUUCCAGACCCAGUGGAGGAAACACAUAGAGAAGGUCACCAUCCCUCCUAAACAGACUCCUGUCUACCUGGCUGUCAGCAAGGGCCCUAGCAAGGAGAAGAAACACAGGAAUGCGCCCCUUGUGUGCACUACCGGUAAUACCGUAUAUACCGGGACGGCAAAGGCACGGUAUGAAGGUAUGGAAAUCUGGAUACCACCCAACCCUAGAUGCCACCCCUCCAUACCUCCACCCCUCCCAUCAUUUCAUCCCCAUAAGAGAGUUCUUCUGCGAGCGGUGACAGGUAACUUCCACCGCGCCUCUCCUCUCGCCCCGUCCGGCACCGUCGCCUCGUCCUCCAUGGAAUACCUGGAGAUCCACCCCCUCUUCCCCCGCACGCCACAGCCAAUCAGGCGCCUCGAAACUCUCCAGGCGGCCAAUACCAGCCCGGACCACAUCCCCGCCCCCCCUGCUCCCUCUCCAAUCGGCAUGCACUCCUACGACUCCCUCUCCAAAGCCGAGCCAAUCGACGACGUUGUGGUUCCUGCCUCGGCCACGCCCUGGUACAAACUGACCAAUGGGACCUUCUCUCCUCCGCGACACGUCUCCGCCUUUCACCCUGACUCCUCCUACUUAAAAAAGGCGACCAUCCCCAGCCCCCCUGUGCUCAUCGUCAACCCCCAGCCCAAAAAGUCCUCCUCUAACUCGGGUGACUGGUUUGGGUCAGACACCAGCGGUAGCCCCCCCAGCACCUUCGGCAGCCCCCCAGCAGGUUCAGCCUUCUCCCCGCCCAAAUCAGCAUUCUCCCCGCUUAACCCGUCAUCUGCGUUUAGUCCGCCAUCCUCCGGGGGCAACGUUGAGCCAGACAGCCCCCAUCACCGCGGCAGUAAGUUCCCUUCUAUGGGCAUCGGCCAGAUCCUGAAGAAGAAGGUCCCCUUCCAGCCAUUCAGUUUCAGGGCGGAGCAAGCGGUGGAGGAGGAUCUGGUGUCGCCGCCCCCCUACCACAUGCAGACGCUGCUCUGCGCCUCCGGGGCACUUAAGACCCUCUGCUGAAGCAUUGUGGGUAACGGGACAACGACGAUGAUCAAAGACCAGGAUGUGGCUCUGGUCCAAAGUUAGUGCACUAUAAAACGAGUUGUCGUCGUUUCAUACAGUUUUGGAUCUCGAUCCUUCUUCCUGCGUCCUGUUUGGGGCAGGAAGUGGGUGUGGUACUUCCUGAGCGGCCUUGGAACUUUUGAACUUUGACCUGUGACCUGUCCUCUGCAGAGGCAGUCACCAUGACGACACUAUGACUCUAGAUACACAGAGACACUCUGGCUGUUGGAGUGAAAGACUAUAAAAUAGAACACUGAAGACUAAAGUUGGAUUGAAAUUAAAUGAAAAUGACACACUUUGUACUGUCAACGAUUGUUUCUGCUGGUGAAAGGCCUUUGUGAAGACAACUUGUGACUCCAGUGACUGGAACAUGUGAAGGAAAGCUCCACAGUGUCAGAGUUUUACCUGUCGUUGUUACAUAUUGUGCUGUGAGAGAGGGCUGAGUGACAACACACACACACACACACACACACACACACACACACACACACACACACACACACAGAGAUGAAGAUAUGGUUUUUACAGGUGGAAGUGGCUGUAUAAUCUAACUAUU